UAAUAAUAGUGGACUAGGUGGAAUCAAAUGUUGUGCCACCGAUGGACGGUCCGCCCACUCACUCAUCCGCUCUUCACCAUUCCUCCCGUCAACAAAUCCUUCUGUCCCAUACGCCCCAGCAGCCUCUCUCACUCUCCGAUAAUGGACGCCAGCUCCAAAACCGUCGUCGGUGACGCACCACCGACGCAGCCAUUGGGCUUCGACUUCCUCACCAGGAAACCAUACGUCCCUCCUCACUGGGCCUCCCAUCUCAAUCCCAUCCCCUCUCACGUCUUCUCUCUUGGUCAUCUUCCGACUCCAAUCCACAAAUGGAAGCUCCCCAAUUUGCCAAACAACACCGAGGUCUGGUUGAAGAAGAAAAUUUGCAAUUCUAUAGCGUGAUGACCUUUCCGGCAUGCAACUGAGCGGGAACAAAGUCAGAAAAUUGGAGUUCUUGAUGGCCGAUGCCGUAGCGCAGGGUGCUGACUGUGUUAUAACAAUCGGAGGCAUCCAAAGCAACCACUGCCGCGCAACUGCUGUGGCUGCCAAGUAUCUGAAUCUUGACUGCUAUAUUAUACUAAGAACAUCUAAGGUCCUUGUGGACCAAGAUCCUGGACUGACUGGCAAUCUCCUGGUCGAGCGUUUAGUUGGAGCUCACGUCGAUCUUAUUUCGAAAGAAGAAUAUGCAAAAAUUGGAAGCGUGACUCUUACUAAUAUCUUGAAAGAGAAAUUGCUAAACGAAGGGAGAAGACCAUAUGUUAUUCCUGUAGGUGGAUCAAACUCCCUAGGGACUUGGGGAUAUAUUGAAGCAAUUAGGGAGAUUGAGCAGCAGCUUCAGACUGGGACUGGCCAUAUAAAAUUUGAUGAUAUAGUUGUAGCAUGUGGCAGUGGGGGUACUAUUGCUGGUCUUUCUCUCGGAUCAUCACUGAGUACAUUGGACGCAAAGGUUCAUGCAUUCUCUGUUUGUGACGACCCUGAUUACUUUUACGAGUUUGUUCAAGGCCUACUCGAUGGACUUGAUGCAGAUGUUGACUCACGUGAUAUUGUUAACAUUCAAAAUGCACACAUGAUUGAGAGAAAUUUUAUCUACUUCCUUAAUCAGGCUGAGGAUGCCAUUCAAUUGAUUAUUAAAAGAAGUAAUCGGAUUCUUAUCUUCCUUCAGGCCAAAGGUCUGGGCUAUGCAAUUAACACCUCUGAGGAGCUUAAAUUCGUUAGGGAAGUUGCUGCAGCCACUGGUGUUGUCCUUGAUCCAGUAUAUAGUGGGAAAGCUGCUUCUGGGAUGAUGAAAGACAUGGCUGAGAAUCCAAAGAAGUGGGAAGGGAGAAAGAUCCUCUUCAUACAUACGGGUGGACUCCUGGGUUUGUAUGACAAAGUUGAGCAGAUGGCCGCAUCUUUGGGGAAUUGGCGUCGAAUGGAUCUCGAUGAAGAAAUUCCUCGCACAGAUGGUAUUGGAAAAAUGUUCUAAAGUAAAACAAACAUGCAAGUGAUUGUGUAGCACUUUUGUGUUGAUGCACCUAAAAUACUCCCAUAUAUAUAUAUAUAAUAUGUAUGCACAUACUGAGUUGCGAGUUCGUUGCUCCAAA